CUGUGGGUCGCUCUAGCCUGCGCAGGCUGCGGUGAGACAGUGGCUGCCUUUCUAGGCUGCGGGAGGCUGCAGAGGGCGCCUCGUUGGUCUCGCGGUAGGCUAUGGAGGCCUUGCGCAAAGCGCUAGUCGUGGGCGCAAUUCUGGGCGUGGGGGCUGGCGUGGGCUCCGCGCUCUUUGUCCUUGUGACCCCGGGAGAGGAGCGGAUUCAGGCGAUGCUGAAGGAGAUGCCAGGGCAGGGCCCGCAGGGCAGGGAAGAGACAGCCAGGAAUAAGCAGCUAGUGCUGGCCACCCUGCAGGAGGCAGCGGCCACGCAGGAGAACGUGGCCUGGAGGAAGAACUGGGUGGGCGCCGGCGGCGGGAGGUCAGCAUAAGCCGGAACCUGCCCCCGUGGACCUUGAGACCUCUGCUCCGGCGCUGGAGUCCGAGGCAGCCUUUCUCCUCCAUGGGCCUGGCGGGGAAUCCCAGCCCAGGGAGCUGCCGCCGGGUGAGCACGUUCCCCGCAAACCCAGCUCUGACGGCGCUUUCACGUCCAUAUCGCGGGCCGGGACCAUCGGAUGUGGCGAACUGAAGGAACCAAUAAAUCACGUCCUCCAUCGAGAGAGUGACCCCUAUAAAUGCCUAGAAUGUUCUGGGGAUUGGUGCAGGGGGCGGGGAUGACCGUGGCUCCCGCGUGCCCCGCUCCCCGUUUGAGGCUGAAGCCUAAUAGGCACAAACGACCAUGUUUUCAAAACACAAGUCAGGUCAUGAGUGUACUUUUGGGGAUAACCACUGGAUAUUCUUGAAAUCAACUACCCUGGAAAAUCUUGUAGCAGUAUAGAUGCCCAUAGAGGACACUUUAGGUUCCUGUCCUUGGGAGUGAGAUGGGAGAGGCUUCUAGCACUUAAUGUGCGCCAGAUGUCUUCUGGGGCCAUUAUUUAACCUUUGGAGUCCCGUUUACUGGUGAAAAAAGAGCGUACACCGAGUCUUGAUACAACUCCAUCAUGUUACAAAACCUCUUGGAGCCUCUGUCCUGUUCUGUAAAAGGUGAUAGUUGUCUUCAGAUUAAUUUAGAAAUGUAAAGUGCAGUGCCUGGCACAGCGCCUCUCAGUAAAUGUAGUGGGGUUUUUCGCCCUCAAGGUUUUCACUGUAGUUUUCCAUCUCUGGGUCCAGUCGUAGGAUCUACUGGAGAUGCGGUGAAGGGAUGAGUCAUCAGCGGGGUCGCAGCCCCAGCCAAGUCUAUUGCUCCCCCCCCCCAUUUUGUCUAUUUUAUAUCCUGUGGUUCCCAGCAACAUUGUAAUAGAAAAAAAAUAAAAGGCUGCUUUUAUUAAAAAUAAAUUUAGCCAGAA